UUAAAAGAACGCAUUCCCCGUUUCUCCUAAUCGAAUAUUCGAUUCUCUCUUUCCUCCAAUUCCACUCCAUCCGACUAACGAACAAGUUAAAACGUUCGUUAUCCUGCCAUUUGUACUUGCACCACGGAUGGAAUCCCACGGAUCAGGCGGGAAAAAAGGAGAAAAUGGUGGCUCGCGUGGUUUCUCGACUGUGGGGUGAGAAGUAGAGGGGCGUCUUCGGGGUUUGGCGGUAGUGACAAUGCCAGUUCCUCGCGGGCGAGUUUGAGUCGAAGGCGACUAUCGAGUGAGAGGAGCUGCCAGCCCUGGCUCAUCGUGUAGUGCCUAGUGAAACGAGAUGACGGGCUCGCGGCUGAGACGGCCCGCGUACUUCGUGGGCCUCUUCUUGGCCCUUCUAGUCGCCGCCUUACAGGGAGUGCAAAGCGAAGAAGAACUAGAGGUGCCGCCAGAGGAUCUGUGUCGACCUUACAUUGAAAAGGCAUUGAAAGACCUCGGUACAGGAUCUUUGGAGCAGACCAGUGCCGAGGUUGGGAUCGACGUCGAUAAAGAAAGUGAAGAAGAAGAAGGGAAACCUGCGAUCAAAGAAGAGCCAGAAACUGAAGCUUCGAAGGAAGAUGCAGAAGAGUCGGUAGAAACGAAAGCUGCGGAGAGCGCCGAACAAGUUGAAGAAGAGGCGGAAAAAGCAUCCGCAGAAACUGAACAGAGCGCUGAAGUUGGAAAAGAACAAAGUGGCGAAGCGGAUGAAACGAAAGGUGAGGAAGAAGAGAAAUCUGGAGAAGUAGAUAAAGGAACCGAGGAAGAAAAAGAAGAAUCUGCCGAGCAAGCGAAAGAGCAUGCUACAGACUCCGACCAGGAAGAAAUUGAAGAGACGAAGGAGGAGAAAUCUGGCGAAGGAGCGCAAGCAGACGAAGGAAAAUCCGAGGAAGAAACGCAAGGAGAUGCCGAGGAAAGAUCCAAAGAGGAAGAUGCCGAUAAAUCCGAUAUAGAAAUUGGAGAGGAUGAAGGAAAAUCGGAGGAAAAGUCGCAGGUUGACGAUGGAAAAUCCGACGAAGUCCAGGCCGAAGGUGAAUCGGCCGAAGAACCGAAAAUCGACGAGGAGAAAUCCGACGAAGAAGCCAAAACCGAGGAGAUAAAGUCUGACGAAGAGAAAGAGAAAAUCGAGGACGAAGGGGAAGAAGAGACGGAGAAAGCUGCUUCCAAGGAAGAGGAAGAAAAGGAGGGGGAUAGCAAAGCCGAAGAGGAAGGUCAAUCCGCGGAGCGACAAGCGAGCGAGGACGAAACGAAGGAAGAGAAUAAAGAAGGCGAGGGCGAAAGUGUCGAAGAUCAAGUAGAAGGAGGUAAAGAAAGUGAAGAAGCUAAGUCGGCGGAAGAGGCUGCAAAAUCGGGAGAGCAACAGGAAGGAGCUGAAGAAGAGAAGGAAGGAGAGGCCAAAUCCGCGGAUGAGGAAGGAAAAUCCGUAGAAGAGGCAGAAUCAAAGGAGGAGAAAGCUGAGAAAUCAAAAUCUCGUGCUAGACGAGAAGUUGGCGAAGAAGAAGAAGAAGAAGUAGGAGGUGAGGAGGAUGCUGAAGGCUCGAAAGAAACAGAACAGAGCGAGGAAGAAGAACCUACUCCCGAGGAAGACUUGAUCAGAGAAAUAGUGAUACCGGAAAAUUUGCGGCCGCGUGAUCAUAUUAAUCAGCUGUUGAAAUUGGACGAGGAAAAUGAAGAGAAGGAGCGAGCCAUCCAAAAAAUCGCGGAUAUUGUGUUGAAGGAGUUGAAAAGGGUUUAUGACAAUGCCAUCCAGCCGUUAGAAUCUCUGUAUAAAUACAGAGACUUGAGCAACAGACACUUUGGUGAUCCAGAAAUAUUUUCCAAGCCACUAGUUCUUUUCAUGGGUCCGUGGAGCGGUGGAAAAUCUUCCAUCAUAAAUUAUUUACUCGAUAUCGAAUACAAGCAGACAUCGUUAAGGACAGGUGGUUUGAGAGAGUGCUUAGAGGAGCAAUGCAAAACGCCAAAUGGAAAUGACACAGGAGCCGAGCCAUCUCCAGCCUACUUCAAUAUUAUAAUGCACGGGGAGGAAGAGGAGAUCCUCGAUGGCACGCAACUCGCCGCUGAUUGGACUUUCUCCGGAUUACAAAAAUUCGGCCAAGGAUUGCUCGAUCGUCUGAAGGGUUUACGACUCGAUAAUAAGUUACUAGAAAAAGUGAAUAUUGUCGAGAUACCAGGAAUCUUGGAAAUUCGUAAACAAGUCCAACGUUUAUUCCCAUUUAAUGAUGCGUGUCAAUGGUUCAUCGACCGUGCAGACAUAAUAUUUUUAGUAUACGAUCCAUCAAAGUUGGAUGUUGGGCCAGAAACAGAAGCGAUUCUUGAUCAAUUGAAAGGAAGGGAGCAUCAGACACGCAUCAUUCUUAACAAAGCUGAUCAAGUAAAACCGGAGGAACUCAUGAGAGUGCAAGGUGCUCUGAUCUGGAAUAUAUCACCGCUAAUGUCUAGCGCUGAACCACCGAUCAUGUACUCCACGUCAUUGUGGUCAAUCCCGUAUGAAGCUGGUGCACCUACCAGGUUAUUGUAUGCUCAGGAACGUGCAUUUUUACGCGACUUGCGUACUGCCAUUGAUAAACAAGUCGAGCAUAAGAUAGCAAGCGCCCGGAGAUUCGCUGUACGAGUGCGCAAUCAUGCUAAAAUGGUAGAUUGCUAUCUAACCACAUACUACAAUCACAAGAUUCUUGGGAACAAAAAGGAAAUCAGUGACAAGAUUAUCGAGAAUCCACAAGAUUACCACAUCUACGAGGGCCUGAGUACACUGAAGAACAUAUCACGAUAUGACUUGCCCGAUCCGGAUGUCUAUCGAGAUUUUUUCCGGUUGAAUCCUCUCUAUGAUUUCCCUCUAUUAAGCUCUACGUGCACGUAUUUCCGUGGAUGUCCAAUCAAUAGACUCGACGUUGCCAUUGCUUACGAUUUACCAGAGCUCGUAGGCAAAUAUAAGAAAUCAGUUGAGCAAGUUAUACACGAGUACGAAACAAGUCCUCCUAGUUGAGUGUAAUCCUACAUUCUGAAAUAGCUCUUGAUGCCGUAUGAGGUAUGAGGUGAGAGCAAAUUGUACAAAACAAAAAUGCGAAUGAGUGAAAAGAAGCGAACAUUAGUGUAAGUUCAUUACUUGAAGCAGUACAGAGAAGUUUCUUUCUUAAAAUAGUAAAAAAUAAUCUUGGAUCGCCUUCAGAUAAAAAUCCAACUGGAUAAUUAAAUUAAGAGAAGAGAAACCUAAUUCUUCUGGAAUCACGCUUUGCGCGAUAUAUUAAAUAAUUUAUUUAAAGAUAAGAAGAGACAUUGUUUCGAGGUAUGAAGAUAUACUAUUGGUUUUGUAGGUAAACAACAUGGAUAUUGGUGACACUAAGAGGCAAAUGCUUGGUUAAUAGUACGCUUAACAAAUGUUUAAGUGUAUUAAUGGAUUGAAUCGAAGAUUUCAAGAUAUAUAUACUUGUGUUUGGAAAAUAGGACAAGUGUUACCAUUCCAAUUUAAAAAAAGAAUAGUGAGUUUCCCUUGAAUGUGUUUAACUACACCUAGAAUCACACAGUUAUGGAAAACAUAUCACAAUAAUGGUGGGUCCUAUUAUCUAAUACAUGAAUAUAAAAAUUGAAGAUACAGUGAACUCGCACAAUAGACUUUUUGAAACUUAGUGUAAUGGUUGUGUAAUUGUAAUAAAAUACUGUGACACUUUCAGCCAUCAGAACAACGUAUGAUGAAAGCAGUUACAUAUUAUAAGUAUGUAAAAUAAAAUACAUAAAAAUAUUUCCACUAAGAAAGAGAUAAGAAUGAUCUCUUUUUGAAGCUUUUGUGAAAUACCUUGUAUAAACAAAUUGUGUUCUUAUUAAAAGUUAUAAAUAUUUAUUUAAAAGAA